UUUACGGUACCGGAGAAGAAGAAGGAGAAGCACGCCGCUCCCCUCCGUUGGUCACGGAAUCUGUGUUGUGACAUUGCGCGCCUGCUUCUUAUUUUCUAAAUGGACCGAAGGGGAUGUGACUGAAAGCAGUGUGUAGUCUGCGCGCGUGUAACCGAGUUGGAUUUAAACCUGACCCUGAGAUGAAUCACACUGCCCCGGUUGAUGCGCUCAUCUCCUCCGUCUUCUGGCUUCGGGGGCACUAAAGAUGCGGCUGAUAGCGCGGGUACCUGUCCUGGUUUCACACCGGUUCGGUUUGUCCCGGUAGACUGAUCCCGUCCGGUGCUGCGGUUUCCAAAGGGGCGAGCUGAGUGAUUUUUUUCUUUCUUAACCGGAUCCGUCACCAGCAGCCUGCCAGAUGGAUAACUACUCUACUUUACAACUGCAGUGUCUGGAAAUGACCACUAAACGGAAGCUGAUUGGCCGGCUGGUGCCGUGCCGUUGUUUCCGUGGUGAAGAGGAAGUGAUCUCAGUGUUGGACUACUCCCACUGCAGCCUGCAGCAGGUCCCCAAGGAAAUCUUCAGCUUUGAGAGAACUCUGGAGGAGCUCUACCUAGAUGCCAACCAGAUUGAGGAAUUACCCAAGCAACUCUUCAACUGCCAGGCCUUGAAGAAGCUGAGCAUGCCAGAUAACGACCUGUCCAACCUGCCCACCACCAUCGCCAGCCUGGUGAACCUGAAAGAGCUAGACAUCAGUAAAAACGGAAUCCAGGAGUUUCCAGACAAUAUAAAAUGCUGUAAAGGCUUGUCUGUGGUGGAAGCCAGUGUCAACCCCAUCACCAAACUCCCAGAUGGUUUUACGCAGCUCCUGAAUCUGACCCAGCUCUUUUUAAACGAUGCCUUCCUGGAGUAUCUGCCUGCUAACUUUGGGAGACUCUCCAAACUACGGAUCCUGGAGCUGAGGGAGAACCACCUGAAAACAAUGCCAAAGUCCAUCCACAGACUGACACAGCUCGAGAGGCUGGAUCUGGGUAGCAAUGAAUUUUCUGAAGUGCCGGAGGUGUUGGAACAGAUCCACAAUCUGAAGGAGCUAUGGCUUGAUAAUAACUCUCUGCAGACUAUACCAGGGUCAAUAGGGAAGCUUCGUCAGUUGCGGUACUUGGACUUGGCUAAGAAUCGUAUCGAGACAUUGGACGCGGACAUUUCGGGCUGCGAGGCUUUGGAAGACCUGCUGCUAUCCUCUAACAUGCUGCAGCACCUUCCUGACUCUAUAGGAAUGUUAAAGAAGCUGACAACACUAAAGGUAGAUGACAACCAGCUAACCUCACUGCCUAACACCAUUGGGAGUCUGUCUCUACUGGAGGAGUUGGACUGUAGUUGUAAUGAGUUGGAGUCGCUGCCUCCCACCAUCGGCUACCUGCACAGCCUGAGAACCUUCGCUGCCGAUGAGAACUUCCUCUCAGAGCUGCCCCGCGAGAUCGGUAACUGCAAGAACGUGACCGUUAUGUCACUGCGGUCCAAUAAACUGGAGUUUCUUCCUGAUGAGAUCGGACAGAUGACCAAACUGCGAGUCCUUAACCUCAGCGACAACAGGUUAAAGAAUCUACCGUUUACCUUCACUAAGCUGAAGGACCUGGCAGCUCUGUGGCUCUCUGACAAUCAGGUAUCUCUUUCUCUCUGCCCACGCUCUCCAAGAGAGCACGUAGCUAACAAAUAUUAUCAGUCGGACAGCGACAGCUUUAAUCCUACGCUGUGGGAGGAGCAGAGACAACAGAGGAUGACUGUGGCCUUCGAUUUUGAGGACAAGAAAGAAGAGGAAGACAACUCUGGGAAGGUCAAGGUGGAGAUAAACCUAAAACGCUAUCCAACACCCUACCCUGAGGACCUGAAGAACAUGGUUAAGUCAGUGCAAAGUCUUGUGGGCAAAAGCGUACAUGCCGGACACGCCGGUCACGCCGUACACGCCGGACACGGGCACCAGCACCAGCUGAGCACAGGCACCGCCACCUCGGCAGGAACCAACAUGGAACAUACACACCUCAGCAAAGAGCCAUAUGAACCACCGUGGCCCCUGCCUCCUAAAGAGGUGACAGACAGAGAGAUGCAGGACUUCUCUCAGACUCAGCUAAUGGAUCAGGGACCAAUGCACAACUCUGGCAUCGAUAUUCCUAAGAGGAAGGACAAAGAGGACUUGACAGAAAGCUCUGAGGAUUCAAUGGGCGGCUCUCCGAACGACAUCCGGAUCUCUGACAUGAGGCCCACCCUGGUGGAGCCACCAAUGUACAAACCAAAGGUGGUGUUGCUGGGGAAGGAUAAGAAAGAGUCUACAGAUGAAGAGGUUGAUAAACUCCACUGUCUGAACCACAGCGGCUCAUCGGCCACCUACUCCGAUUACUCUCCCUCACAGGGCUCCUCGGGCUCCUCCAACCCGCCCGGCAACACGCACUCACACACGCUGUCGCACGGACACCCCCACAAUCCCGCCCUACCGCCUCCCAGCAAGGACCAGGCCCCUCAGACGCACUGGACCAACAGACUUGCCCAGUCAUUUCCCAAGCCCAUUGACUCCAAGCCCCUGCUGUCUCAGAGAGAAACUCCUCCAUCAGGAACCCUGCAGCAACGCGGGGAUCGGCGUCCACUUAGUGAGCCUUUUGACUGGGUUGACGCACCUCACUACGACAACACGGGUUUCGAUGCAGAGGAGUCUUCUCUGGAUCCUCCUUCAUCUACCACCAGUCAGGGAAACCCUCCGCUGGGCUCUAAGCCUCGCAGCUCAUCAACACACGGCCGCCGCCCCCUCCUUAGGCAAGACCGAAUUGUAGGGGUCCCAUUGGAAUUGGACACCCAGACGCUCCCCUUCCACGGCAACCAACGACCAAACCAGGACAAUGACUCGCAAUCCUCCGGACAUCCUUCCCAGAAUCCCUGGCAGAAUUGGACCAGGACCCCGAGCCCCCUGGAGGACAGAACCGCUUUUCCUUCCAAGCUGGACCUUACACCUACUUCCAGCCCCAAUCCUGAUCGCAAGGACAUGGAUCCAAGGCUUCAGCAAAGCACAGUGCCUUUGCCCGGCAGCUGGACAUAUCACGACAAUGAGGGGGAGCAAAACAGGAAGGAUCAGCUCAGUGUAGGCGGGGUCAACAAGGUGACCGUGGUGAUGAGUAAAAGCUCAGAUCGCCUGUCCCCCAUGAUGAAGGAGACGAGAUCCAAGUUUAAGAAGUCACAGAGCAUAGACGAGAUUGACAUUGGCUCCUACAAGGUCUACAGCAUUCCCAUGGACAGCUAUAGUUCAUCCAUUGAGCAGCAAACUAGUUUGGACCGUCCAGAGCUCCCCGGUUCUAUGGAGCAGACCAACAUGUCACGGUCACAGUCUGCCCCCAUGUUAGAUGAGGAGAUGGGAUACCCCGGACACGGAUCUGGCGACCAAAACCAGAGACAGAACCAAAAACCUGCCAUCCCACAAAAGGCUUACCACUUUGACCACAACUACAACCCGCAGGUUCGAUGGAGUUGUGAACCAUUGGUGACCAUGGAUCGCCGGGUCCCUCCCCCUUUCCCAAACACACCAGAUUAUGUCAACCACUCAUCGAAGGCUUUGGAGUACCUCAACCAACCAGGGAAGACACUACCCAAAGAGCUAGUGAGCCCUCGGUAUCGUGCAUAUCCACCCUUGGAGAUGUUUUCUUUCCCCCAGUCGCCAAUCAACCAAGAUGGUCCGCCCAGCCAGCAGCAGCAGCCAAUCCCAAGUCAGCGCUCCAGACCAGGAUUUCUAAGAAGAGCGGACUCACUGGUGAGCUCUACGGAGCUCGCCUUGUUCAGACGGGUUCAUGAAGCUCAGCAGGAGGCGCUCCAAGAGUCUCAGUACAGACAACAGGUGGAUCCCCCUCUUUAUGGCCGGGCUGUCUACUCCACUCCCAUGGAGCACUCCGCGAUGAGUAAUAUGGCCGACAACCAGAGUCAGAUGCUGCACAACAAGAGAAACGGUCGUUAUGAUGACGACUACCCCACUUACCAGGAGCAGAAGAAGCCCAUGAUUGGUUAUCCAACCAAGAGCCUGACUCAGCGGCGUCCCCUGUCUGCCAGAAGUUACAGCACCGAGACCUACGGAGCAUCUCAGGCACGUCCGGUGUCUGCCCGUCCCACCAUGGCCGCCCUGCUAGAGAAGAUGCCACCUGACUACACCCUGGCAACCUGCCCCGAGAAGCCACCCGAUGACACCAUCAAAGUAAGACCUGUUGUACCCCAGAAACCUGAAGACAUCACCUCCAAGAUGCCUGCCGACUGGAGGCAACAGCUACUCAGGCACAUAGAGGCGAAACGACUGGACAGGAGUGGUGUCCUAAAGCACAACACGCUCACGCUGGGCAUGCUCUGUCAGGGCGGGGGUCACGGCCAGGGGCGCAGCAGCACUUUGAACUUUAACCUUUACAAUAACACUAAGCAUGAGCCCUCUGCUGGCCGCUGGCUGCCACUACCUCCACCUCCGUCUGCUAACGCUACCCCGUCUCAGCAGGGUGGCGUGCUGGACAAUGACCAGGAGGGGGUGUCAGGAAGCAACCAGUGGGCUCCCUAUUCACUAGGCAGGAGGGACGUCCCACCUGACAACCUGUUAAAAAAGAGCGCCCAUUCCCAUAACCCUUCCCAUCAAUCACACAACACCAUGAUCGUCACUUCCUCUUCCUCCUCCUCGGCCACUACACCUCAUCGUGUGGUGGGUCAGCAGGGCUACGAUGGGAUGAUGAACAAAGGAGGCCAAUACAACCAAGGGAUGCAGCUGUCAGUGGUUCCGUCUGGGGGGCCGGGACAGUACCAAGGCAACAUGUCCCAGGCCCCUGGACAGGCCUACCCCAGCGGUGGUCUGCCUAUGGCCCUGUCCCAAUCCGGAAACCAACCCCAGUACAACCCCCAUACCUCUCACACCUCCCAUCAGCCCGCUACCAAUCCUCAGUACCAUGUCAACCAGGGCAUGGGCCAUAGCAACCAGGUCGUUAUGACCACCCACACCAACCCACGGCCUCAGAGCGCUCGCUGCCUGUUGCAGACUAAAGGCCAGAAGAGCACGGAUGGUUUUCAGGAGCAGCUGUGCGUGAGAAUAGAGAAGAACCCUGGUCUCGGUUUCAGUAUCUCUGGUGGCAUCAGUGGCCAGGGGAACCCCUUCAAACCCUCCGACAUGGGUAUCUUUGUUACUAGGGUACAGCAUGACGGGCCUGCCGCCUCCGCCCUGCAGCCCGGAGACAAGAUACUGCAGGCUAAUGGACAUAGUUUUUUACACAUGGAGCACGAGACAGCCGUCUCUCUGCUGAAGAGUUUCCCGCGGACGGUGGACUUGAUGGUUCUGAGAGACAGCAGCACGCGCUAAAAUAGUUUUUAAAAACAAACAAAACAAAUACAGCAACGCUUCUCUACUCUGCUCAUCGCCAUCCCACGCCAUCCCACCUGCCCUCCUCUGGAGGUUUAUGGAACUGAAAAUUGAGCCACAUUUUUCCCCCCCUUUUUUUGUUGUUUUUUUAAAACAUUUUUAAGGGAACAGUCAGACAUUUAUUUGCCUAUUGCUGGACCAAAGGCAAAUACCAGUGCCAAAUGUACCAUAGGAAACAUAUCGGCUCUUCUGUCUACCGGCGGUCAGCGAUCUGAUCUGAUCGACGGCUGGACGGACCGCAAGAGGACUAUACACUUUUAAGUUCCUACAGGGCUGCUGCAGUUUGGAUUUUGUGGUUGGUUUGUGAUUUAAGCUGCCAUCUGAGCGGUCAGCCUGAGUAGUUUUUGUCGGUUAGUUAGAUUUUGGGAUAUUUUUCUUUCUUUUCUCCACUGCCGUCCAUUGUGAAUUUAAAGUAUUUUGUUUGGUGUAGCACAUGGUUCGCUUUCCUUGUUCUUCACAGCUUUAUUGUUUCUUUCGCAUCUUCCGUCUUUUACCCCACUUUUCAGUCCUUUUUCUAUCACCGUCUUUGAUUUUCAUACUCCUCCGAUAUAUUUUUUGUUCUGUUCUGCAGGUUAUUGCCUCCACUGUACAGAAAUUGAAACUUAAGACUCUGCCUUGUGUACAUACAUAGAGAUUCAGCUUGUUAGAACUCUCCUUGGGGCCUGAGCAGACAGCUCUUAAAAGUUUAUGAUUCUUAUGAUUAUUGUUGAUAAACUAUAUUCUCAAUUCCCUCCUGUGGAAAUACAGGGGUCGUUUCUUCAAAUGGUUUUCUAAAGAGUAUAUCACCGUUUUAUCUGUAUAGAAAACACUUUUCAUAGUUCAUCACUGCUACUUGUUUUUUUUUUCUUUUCUCUUAAAAAAAGCUGUUGCUUGCACAGCUGUGCUGAAAGGAGCUAAAGCAAUAUUUCUGAGGCUCGGCCCAUUGAGCUUUUCAGCAGAGCCUUACUUGUCCUGCAGUGCCAUCUAUUGAGCAAGUCAUGCUAAUGUUUACACACACUGCCAUGCACAUAAACUAACAGGCAAAUACACACAUAAAAUUACACAUAUCUAUUCUCUGCAAUGUUGCAUAAUGCAUCCCUCAUUUUAGAAUAUCAUUUCCAUUACAAAACUGGUCCAUUAAUAUUAACGGUGCCAUCUUUUUAAAGUCCUGUCUUAUGUUGUGCAGUGAUGUCACAUCCCUUUUGAGGUGUUUAUAAAGUCACAGCAUGCUUUUACAUCACUGGACACUGACAGAUAGCCAUUUUCUGUUGGCUUCUGGACGUCUCUACUCUCUAGAAGACUCUAGACGUAUUAAAGCACUAAGUGCUGCUUGUUGAUCUGUGCCAUAUGCAGCCUCCUCGGCUGUAUUUACAACAAUAUCAGAGCUUUACCUCUUUGUGGCCCAGCACACACUAAAAUCAAAAACGUGGCUUCAAUGAGCCGGUAAGCUGUUCUAUAGUCGUUGACCCGGCUUCAGCAUCUCCUCUGCUGAAGUCUCCUGACCUUCGGCCUUCCUGUGGAAAGCAGUGUGAGACACUAAUGCCCCUACAAGCAUCUGCAAGGUUUCAUUUUAGGAGGAUAAAUCAGAUAUCGUCUCUUUUUUUGACAAUCGGGGAAACAUCUGAUUUGUGUCACAUGUGCUUUCGGUUACACUUGAAUUGUAAAAGGUGGUGCUGAUUGAUACUCGGCAUACACGGAAGGCUUGCUGAAUUUGCUGGUAAAUGCUCAAACUAUUUAAAAGAGCAGGGAAAAUGAAAGUUACGGUGGACCUGAUGGGUCAACAGUACUGCAAUUUAAGAAAACAUCUGCAAACAGAAAAAUGCUACAAAAGGUCACGAAAGAAAAAAUCUUGGAAGAACACAAUGGAAGUGUAUUAGGGGAGAUAAUAAUGUGACAGAACCAAAACAUGCGAAGGGUUGCACAGACACACGCUAAAACGAAGUGGAGGAUUCUUGUGAGGGGAAAACAAAUGCAAGGUACUGUGUGUUUAAAUCGCAUAAUAACAUAAAUAUAUGUUUGCUAUUAGCCGAUCACUGUUAGCUUCUCACGUCGGCAGCUGUUCCGUCAUGCUAUUGUGUCCCCAAAACACUUCCGUAGUGUUUUGUGAGGGUUUUUUUGUUUUUUUGUUUGAUUUUUAGCUUUUGCAGCCUUAUUUCAUUUGCCAAAGUUUCCUAAAAUUGCAGUGCAUUUGACCUCUCAGGGCCACCGUAGCAAUAGACUCUAUGUAAAAAAGCAAAAAGAGGGAAAAAAACAAAACACCAAAACAGAGAUUGAAAGCCUUUGCUCUGUAGUCUGACUUUUAUAGUCACGCUUGAGAAGAUAUACUGACUAAAAUACAGAGUCUCUUUUUGUCUUUAUGUAAAUGCACCAUGGGUCUUGAAGGCAUUUCAUGGCAGUGAGUUUUGUUCUGUUCUGCAUAACAUCUGAUGUUUCAUCCGGAGCGAACCAUCCUUCACUGUCCUUUUGAUUUCACUUGACAGGUACCCUUUUUGUGCCAACUCUCCAAAUACGAUUCCCAUCACUUUGUCAAUAGGAGACACAACACGGCACAGUUUAAUCAUGUGGUUAGGAGAUUUAACCACAGGUACCUACCCCGACCCUAUUCAGAGUUUGAAAUAUCAAAGAUAUUGUGAUGAGAACAGAGUAAAAGGUUUGAUAAUAUAAUUAUUUUUUACUACAUGUUUCAGGUAAUUCUUUCUAAAUAUAUUGAUAUACCUUAGCUUUGCUCAAAAAUUGUGAUAUUUUAUAAUGACACUUAUAACAAAGUUAUGGAUGGAAGUACGCACAGUAUGACUUGGAGACCUACACAUGUACUAUCCAAAACUGUAUAAAAUGUAUUUCUACUGUAAUUGUGAAUUUGUGUUAUACAAAUAUAUAUUAUAUAUAUGUAUAUGACUAUUUAAAAAAAAAUUCAGUCAUUUUCUAUGUGUUUAAACUGCUAAAAGAGCUGAACAAAUGAGGGCGGUGUCACUGUACAUAGCUGUGAAUGAAAUCCAAUUUAAAAAUGACUCAUAUUGAUUGUGAAUGUACUCAUGCUUUCUGCAGUACCUACACCUACCCAACUUGAAUGCUGCUUCUUCUGUUGUGUGACAAAAAGUACUUUGACCUCCGAAGAGAGAAACGCUGUCGAGUUUAUAAGUUGGACAAAUUUUAGUGACGAUUUAACAGAAACUAUUUAUUUCUUUAUUUAUUUGCACAUGCAAGUUGAAAUCCUUCCAGUUUUAAGUUUGAGUAUUAAUGCGGAGAAAUGUAAUUGCCGAAGUAUAUAUAAUAUAUAUCAUGUGUUUAGAAUGCAUUUUGCAGACGCUAUCUGUACAUACUAUUUAAGAUACAGUUUUUACAAAAAAUAAUAUAUGUAUAAAAUUGAAAAAAUGCUGUGCAGCGAUUAUACUGGAGCCAUUUUGGGCUUUGGGACGUACCAUUUUUUCAGUAUAUAAGAAGUGUUUUGAAUAAUGUACUAAAGUCUCUAUUGUACAAAUAAUAAAAAUGUCACUAUUGGUAA